AUGCAUCAGCCUUUAAGUGUUGCAGCAAGUGGACUUGGAGCUAGUGCAGGGCCAAGUGAUACCCAUCAAACCAUAAGUGAGGUAGGAGAAGCUCAGCACUCCCAGAGAACUGUGAAUCAUCAAGAUUUUUUGCCAAUUAACUUGGCAACAAGGACCAUUAGGAAUUCUCAUCCACAGUUACCUGCUCAACUAGCUAUUCAUUUAUCAUUUGAUUGUGUUCCAAAAACUAGCUCAGUGAUUGCAAUAGUUCAACCUACUCCUCCAAUGCAACAGCCUAUCCCUGUUUCUUAUUUUUUAGAAAGUAUGCAGCCUUUCCAGUGGAAUGAUGUCACUAGGUCAAGAACUGGUCUACCCUUCACUUCUACUUAUACUCUAAAUGGAGGAGAUGCAUCACUUGUUGAAGGGGUGGUUCUUUACAGCAUGAGGCAGGAUCUGGAUAGAUUUAGGCAUGUUUUUAUCUCUAAAACCAUUCCAUCAAGGCAAAGCUGUUAUCCAGAUUUGCCGAUGAUCAACUACACAGUGUCGCAUGGUCUACCUAAAGAUUCUGAUCUAGAUGAAGAAAUAGAGGAUGAAAUGACCGAGGAAAUAGAGGAAUUAGAGGAGCUUAUGAUAGAGUAUCGCCGUGGACUAGCUGGGGCUUUUAUUGAGGCACAUAUGAAGCAGCAACUGUAUGAAGCAAAUGUAGUAGGAUCUCCCCUAAAAGAUGAAAAAUGUUGCAUCUGUCAGGAGAAUUAUGCCGACGGCGAAGAUCUUUGGAAGCUGGACUGUGGGCAUUACUUUCACUUUGACAGCAUUAAGCAGUGGCUGAUCCAGAAGAAUAACUACCCCAUCUGCAAAAGGAAAGCGUUGUAA